UCUUAUUGUGUGUCUGUCUGUUGUCGUUUUCAUCCCUACUAGCCCUUGCUGUCGCUAUACAGCAUCCCACACGGUCGUUCCCAGUCACUCUCGCUACUUGCCAGGGCAGCAGCGCUCCAGGCGAAACACCCGGACGCGAGAGAGAGAAAGAGAGAGAGAGACCGAAACAGAGUCGAGUCCUGCCCGCCGCAGCCCACCUGCACCGAACCACACUCGCUGUCUCCAUACCACCGCGACAGUCACAGUCUUACGAGACCCUACCGUACAUCAUCAAUACUGCAGUCGUCACCAGGAGACUGGCCGUGAGGCCCUCGAACCUCCAACAUGGCCACUAAUCAGCAGAAUCUGGCAGCCUUGCCCGCCCAUUCAUUGAGCGACACCAACCUCACAUCUCACAUUGCAUCGCGCUUUCACCAGCACUUACCCAUCACCACGCUCUCGUCACAGGGCUACAUCUCAGUCAACACAUACAACUCCGCCAUCAAAGGUCCCAAUGGCGGCAAGGAAGGCAGUGCCAUGGGCGCUGCCGAAGAGCUUGCAAGUCGGAUGUGGACACGACUCGGGGGUCGACAGGAGAACCAGGCGGCCAUCUUCCUCGGAGAGUCGGGCACGGGAAAAACUACCAUCAGAUCGCAUGUUCUCAGCAACCUGCUACAGUACAGCAGUACACCACUAUCGAAGAAGCUGUCCUUUGCAGCCUUCGUGUUCGACUCGCUCACCACAACCAAAUCGAUCACUACACCCACUGCUUCCAAGGCAGGUUUGUUCUUCGAAUUGCAAUAUGAUACAACUUCUUCUAUCCACCCCACUCUUAUCGGUGGCAAGGUGCUCGAUCACAGGCUCGAGCGCAGCCGGGUGGCCAUGGUGCCACCGGGAGAGCGUAAUUUCCAUAUUCUCUACUACCUCUUAGCUGGUACCAGUCCCGCUGAGAAGGAACACUUGGGUCUCGACCUGAACGGAGCCAUCACAACCGGCGUGGCAAACAGGACGUCUGUCGGCAAUGGUCUCAAGAGAUGGCGCUAUCUGGGACAUCCUUCGCAGCUCAAGGUCGGCAUCAACGAUGCUGAAGGUUUCCAGCACUUCAAGACUGCCCUGCGCAAGCUCGAGUUUCCUCGAGAGGAGAUUGCCCACAUGUGCGAAGUCCUCGCAGCGAUACUCCACAUUGGUCAGCUCGAGUUCAUGACGUCCCAGUCGACCACCCCUGCACCGGACGAGAGCGGUGGCUACGGUGCCGAGGGUGGCGAGGAGAUCACAGUCGUGAAGAACAAGGAGACUCUGACCACCAUCGCGGCUUUCCUCGGAGUCGGUGAAAAGACGCUCGAGCAGUCGUUGGGAUACCGCACGAAGAUUCUGCAUCGCGAGCGUGUCACGAUCAUGCUGGAUCCCAAGGGAGCACGUGAGAACGCAGAUGAGCUCGCCAGGACGUUGUACAGCCUGUUGGUUGCACUGGUGAUGGAGAAGAUCAACCAGCGCGUCUGUGCGGUGGAGGAUCAAGUGGCAAACACGAUUGCCAUUGUGGACUUUCCAGGAUUUGCCCAGACUUCGUCGACCGGCAGUAUUCUGGACCAGCUCCUCACCAACGCCGCGAACGAAUCCUUGUACAACUUCUGCUUGCAGAGCUUUUUCGAGAGAAAGGCAGAGUUUCUGGAAACCGAAGAGGUGCAGGUGCCUGCAACCAGCUACUUCGACAACAGCGAUGCAGUCAAGGGCUUGCUCAAGCCUGGCAACGGAAUCCUUGGGAUUCUUGACGACCAGAUGCGGCGUGGCAAGACGGAUAUCCAGCUGCUCGAAUCGCUGCACAGGCGCUUCAAGGGCAAGAAUCCCGCCAUCGAGGUCGCCGAUCCCACCGUCGUCCUGCCCGGCACCAACUUUUCGACGCCAAACCAGCACCCCAAAUUCACUGUCAAGCACUUCGCUGGUGAAGUGGAGUAUCCUCUGGCGGGUCUGAUUGAGGAAAAUGGCGAGGUCAUCUCGGGAGAUUUGAUGAAUCUCGUCAGCACUACAUCGAGUGCCUUCGUUUCCGAGCUUUUCGGUCAAGAAGCUUUGAACAAGACUCUGCACCCGCAAGAUCGCACCGCCAUUACGCAGGCGUCCGUGGCAUCAAAGCCUUCGCGCAUGCCUAGCACGGUCCGCAGAAAGGGCAGUAGACCGGCACGAUUGCAGGCACGCGAUGACGAGAAUGGAAGCGAUGAGGGCGGCCGGACGAAGAGCUUCUCGCGCUUCAACAAUGGCCCAUCGGCCGACGCCCAGCAAGGCGCUGCGGCGCAAUUCCUCCUGUCGCUAGACAUCAUCAACAGGGCUCUGACAUCGCCAAACACGAACCCAUACUUUUUCUUCUGUCUGAAGCCUAAUGACCGGAGAAUAGCGAACCAGUUUGACAGCAAGUGCGUGCGGACACAGCUCCAGGUGCUGGGGAUUGCUGAAAUCGGUCAGCGACUGAAGAACGCCGACUUCAGCAUAUUCAUGCCCUUUACGGAGUUUCUCGGCGCUGCCGAAGGUGACGUUUCCGUCGUUGGAAGCGACCAUGAGAAGGCGGAGCUCAUCCUGGAGGAAAAGAGCUGGCCGACGAACGAAGCCAGAGUUGGCACUACCGGAGUCUUCCUGAGUGAACGCUGCUGGAGACAAAUUACAAACGCUUCAGCGCUGGGGGAUGUACCACCCGCAGGACCAUAUGGCGACGAUUCCUACGCCAACUCGGGUGGCCUCACUCCUGAUAUGCGGAAAGGAUUUAGUGAAUCCAAGGUGCAAUUGCUGCAGACUCCAGGGUCUGGAUACAUGGAUGAUAAGAUCGCUGGAUACUUCGGCAGCAGGGACUUGGAUGCCAAGUCCGAGGCGGGAGCCUCUGCCUUCCGUGAGGGCGACAUGUUCCGGAACUUGGAAACGCGAUCACAGAUGGCCGAGAAGGGCAAUGAAAUCAAAGCGGUCGAGAUCGAGGAACGUCCGGCCAGUGGCAGCCGCAUCAGAUGGCUUGCCAUGGUUUACUUCUUCACAUGGUGGAUGCCCGAUUUCUUGAUCAGGACCGUGGGUCGCAUGCCACGCAAAGAUGUUCGCAUGGCAUGGCGAGAGAAGCUAGCCAUCAACAUGAUGAUCUGGCUGUCCUGCGCCUUCGUCGUCUUCUUUAUGGUCGGCUUCCCGGCCCUCAUUUGUCCAACUCAGCACGUCUAUAGUCUGGAGGAGCUGACGUCUUAUGACGGAAAGGAUGACCACUCGGCGUACAUUGCGAUUCGUGGCGUGGUGUUUGACCUGGACGCGUUCAUGCCCUCUCACUACCCAUCAAUUGUGCCUCAGUCCGCCUUGAAGAAGUACGCCGGAACCGAAGCAACGAACCUGUUUCCUGUCCAGGUGUCCGCCAUGUGUCAAGGUAUCAAUGAGUCGGGAAUUGAUCCAGCCGUCCAGUUGAGUUUCGUCACAUACAAUUACUCUGGAUCCACAGCCGCGAUCAGUGCUCAAGAUCAGAAUGCACAAUACCACGAUUUUCGAUGGGCGACAAACGACUCUCGACCCGCCUGGUUCGUAGAGCAGAUGAUUAUGCUCCAGGGGCAUUACCGGAAGGGCAAUAUAGGGUAUUCGCCUCAAUAUCUGAAGACUCUGGCCGACAAACAAAACUACAUUGCACACAUCAACGGGCGUGUCUAUGACUUCACGGACUACAUCGCUGGUGGCAGAGCACCGCAAUACCCGGCGGGCGUGGAAAGACCUGCAACGCCGCCCAACUCCAACUUCAUGGACGACACCGUGGUCGAUUUGUUCCAACAGCGCUCGGGUGAGGAUGUGACCAAGUACUGGGACAACCUCCAAUUGGACCAAGGACUGCGGAAUCGUAUGCUGACCUGCAUGAACAACCUGUUCUACGUCGGAAACCUGGACACACGAAGCAGUCCGCAAUGUCAGUUUGCGAAAUAUAUCCUCCUGGCCAUCUCGCUGCUCCUGGUGUCGGUCAUCUGCUUCAAGUUCUUGGCAGCUCUACAAUUUGGCAAAAAGAAUGUGCCCGAGAAUCUCGACAAGUUUGUCAUCUGCACUGUUCCCGCAUAUACAGAAGACGAGGAUUCCCUCCGUCGUGCUAUCGACUCCGCAGCGCGCAUGCGAUACGAUGACAAGCGCAAAUUGCUCUUCAUCAUCUGUGAUGGUAUGAUUAUUGGUCAGGGCAAUGACAGGCCUACACCACGCAUUGUAUUGGAUAUUCUCGGCGUACCCGAGACUGUUGACCCAGAACCACUCAGCUUCGAAUCUCUCGGUGAAGGCAUGAAGCAGCACAACAUGGGCAAGGUAUACUCUGGACUCUACGAAGUGCAAGGUCACAUUGUGCCCUUCAUCGUCAUUGUCAAAGUGGGCAAACCAUCAGAAGUCAGCCGUCCAGGAAAUCGUGGCAAGCGUGACUCUCAGAUGAUUCUGAUGCGCUUCCUCAACCGUGUCCAUUACAACCAACCCAUGACACCGCUGGAGCUGGAGCUACACCAUCAGAUCCGGAACGUAAUAGGAGUUAAUCCCACUUUUUACGAGUUCUUACUGCAGAUUGAUGCAGAUACGGUCGUCGCUCCGGAUUCCGCCACUCGCUUUGUAUCUGCGUUCGUCAACGAUACCAAGCUCAUCGCUGUGUGCGGUGAAACGGCUCUCACGAAUGCCAAGGCAUCCUUCAUUACGAUGAUGCAGGUCUACGAAUACUACAUCUCGCACAACCUGACCAAGGCGUUCGAAUCGCUCUUUGGAUCCGUCACUUGUUUGCCAGGUUGUUUCACCAUGUACCGCAUUCGAGCUGCGGAGACGGGCAAGCCAUUGUUCGUCUCCCGCGAGAUUGUCAACGACUACUCGGAAGUCCGCGUCGACACGCUGCAUAUGAAGAACUUGCUUCAUCUCGGAGAAGACAGAUACCUGACGACGCUACUCAUGAAGUACCACUCCAAGUACAAGACCAAGUACAUUAUGCGCGCCCAUGCCUGGACCAUCGCCCCCGACAGCUGGGCCGUCUUCAUGUCGCAACGUCGUCGAUGGAUCAACAGUACUGUACACAACCUCAUUGAAGUCAUCCCACUCCAGCAACUUUGCGGUUUCUGCUGCUUCAGUAUGAGAUUCGUCGUCUUUUUGGAUCUGCUCUCGACAAUUGUACAGCCUGUCAUCGUCGGAUACAUUGUGUACCUGAUUGUCAUCGUCGCAAUGAACCCUAGCACCAUUCCCACUACAGCCUUCAUUCUGCUGGGAGCGAUCUACGGUCUUCAGGCAAUCAUCUUCAUUGUGCGCCGAAAGUGGGAGAUGGUUGGCUGGAUGAUCAUCUACAUGCUCGCCACCCCCGUGUUCUCCUUCGCUCUGCCGCUCAUCGCUUUCUGGAACAUGGACGACUUCUCCUGGGGUAACACGCGUAUGGUUACUGGUGAGAAGGGCAAGCAGAUUGUGGUGUCUGACGAGGGCAAAUUCGAUCCAGACAGCAUCCCGAAGAAGAAAUGGGAAGAAUAUCAGGCGGAGCUGUGGGACGCUCAGACCCAGCGCGACGAUACACGCUCGGAAAUCAGUGGCAUUAGCUACGCUACUAAGAGCUGGCAUCCUGCUGCUUCCGACUAUGGCGGGUAUCAGCCGCAGGCUGCCAUGAGCCAGUUGUCUGUUCCCGCCAUGCAUCCGAACGGCUCGCGCAUGUCGCUCGCUUAUUCUGAUAACGGUGUGCCAAUAAUGCGCAAUAGCUCUGCCACUGAUUUUGGUGACGUUUCCGCCGACAUGCCGAGCGAUGACGCGAUUUUGGCUGAGAUUCGUGAGAUCUUGCGUACCGCAGAUCUCAUGACUGUCACCAAGAAGAGCAUCAAAGCGGAGCUAGAGAGAAGGUUCCAGGUGCCCAUGGACUCCAGGAGACAGUAUAUUGGAAGUGCCACGGAGGCAAUUUUGAGUGGUCAGCUUUAGAAGAGUACGGAAGAAGAUGACUGGGCCGGGGUUCCAAGGAGCGGGGGAGUGCAGAUCUGUUGCAGUAAUGAGAUAGCAACCACACCGGCGAGCGUGGUGGGGCCGAGGGAGCGUGUGGUCAGCGGCACCCCUUGGAAGUGGAAGCAGAAGAUGUAUCAGCUGUUCGGCCAUUCGUCAACGCAGACAGGAAACGGUGCCUCAGGAGUACACGUACGUGAGGCAAUCCCGCUGCAAUCACAAUCCACGCCGUAUGUCCAAGAGGCGACAAACGUCUCCAGGCUCGCCUCGUGUUGGGGUAGAAGGCGAAAGCAGAAAGUUCGCAACGAUCAAACAGUUCAGCAGGGGACUGACAGGACCAACGAAGAGCUUGUAGUGUGGGACCGACAGUACGAGGAGAGAACAGGUGAUCACCCUGCCAUGCAAAGCCCAAGUGAGAGUGAGAUCAUGGCCGGUCAGAACGUGGCCAAUGCCAACUCUCGCGAACAACUUCAACGCCCGAGCAUGACGACUGAGCAGCGCGCUAUGGCACGGAGCACUGGCCCACUGCCAGAUCACAGGACAUCAUAGCCUGAUAGCCGUGGUGCUAGUCUGGACUCUGCUCGCUCUCCAGACAGUUCAGGGAAACCGGUCGACGCGAACUCUCGCGAGCAGCUUCAGAGCACCAGCAUGACUACUGAGCAGCUGGCCAUGGCGAGAUGCACUGGCCCACUGCCAGACUACAGGACAUCAUAGCCUGAUAGCCGUAGUGCUGGUCUGGACUCUGCUCGCUCUCCAGGCAGUCCAGGGACAGCGGCCGACGCGAACUCUCGCGAACAGCUUCAGAGCACCAGCAUGACUACUGAGCAGCUGGCUAUGGCGAGAUGCACUGGCCCGUUGCUGCAUCAUAGGACAUCCUGGCCUGACAGUCUCGCAGACAGCCUGGACACUGUGCUGCCAGUGGGCGCACCGAAUCGCGCAAGGUCCCGUAGUCUGCGCUCACACAGAUCGCAGUCGCUUGUAACGGACACAGGAUCUGGUCAGACAUCUGGCAGGCUUGACUCUGCGAGUCCGACGAACUCUGGCCGACCUAUCGCGAAUAUCACCAGACCACACAAUGAGGCCGAGAUGCGAUAAGAAGGAGAGGCAGCCGGUCCUCAAGCCAUUGAUGAAUUACUUGGACGCGUGUGAUGUUUUCGGGAACUGCAGCUAGUUUGUCCCAUCAGGAGGGAGUGUGCAUAUGGAGGUUUUCAAAAGGCGUUUGUUGGACAGAAAGACGUACAGUAAUGAAUGACAGUCACAACAGAGAAAAGGCGAAUAAUAAUAGGGGACUUGAUCGUGUAUCAGUAGAAAUCAAUAAUUGCAAUGACGAC